AUGGGUGUAUCUAAGCCUACAACCAUUCCUCCUGUUUUAGAAGCUUUGUUGGAUGCUUUCUUCACUGUUUCCCUUAGUCCAGAAUCUCAGCCACCAUCUCCUAAAAAUCCUGACCGGUUUAACAAGGUGCUGGAUUCUGUUAAGUUCUUGUACAUUAACCCUCCUUCUGAUCCAUCUGUGAUUACUCUUUACACUCAAAAGCCUUCUAAGUUCCUGUCUUUCAAUGUCUUGGAGAGUGCAAAAGCUCAGGAAGAAGAUUGGGAGCAGGAAGGGCCAGCAGAGCCCCCUAGGAAGCCAUGGCGAAUGGUCCUGGCAAAGCCAGUUCUGGCCCUAGAAAAUACAUUCAACUUGUAUCGAUUAGUAAAGGAGACAUUCCUUGUUCCCAAAAAGCUGGUUGGAUUUGAUGUAUUCUUACCAGAUGGAGAGAAGGUUCUAGUAGAUAUGCAAUCAACAGAUACUGCAGAAAGGCUGCUUCAGCUUGUAGCACAUAGGAUAAGGUUGUCUCGAGAGUUGUCUGCAUAUUUUGCAUUAUUUGUGAUCCAUGAAUAUGAAGAUGGGAGUUACUCUGUACUGAAAAAGCUUGCAGAGUUUGAACUUCCUUUUGUUAUUCCUUGGAGCACAGGUGAUAAGCACUCCAAGAUUGUCAUAAGAAAAUGGUACAUGGACCCAGGUCUGGAUGAAAUGUUUUUCGAAAGUAGUGCUGGUCUCUACCUGCUCUACGCACAGGCAGUACAUGAUUUAAAAGAGGGCAGGAUGAAGCCUACAGAUGAACAGCUGAAGCAACUAAAGAUGCUGGAAGAAGCUGAAAACAAAAAAGAGUAUUUAAAGGUGAUGCAACAGGUGGAGUAUUAUGGUUGUAUGCAGUUUGACACCUGUGUAUACAAGAACCAGAUGGUAGACCAUCCUGCAGUUGUUCGAGUGGGUAAGGAUGUAAUAAACUGCAACAUCCGAUUGCCUAAUAACCAGUUAGAAGAGAUUGAUUUCACCAUACGCAGAAUGAAAUGCUGGCGGAUUAGAUUGAUGGGUGAGUUUCUAAAUGGUCAGAAUAAGGAUGCAGUGCACAACAUGGAAGUGAGUUUUGAAUACUGUAAUGCUAAUAACUCGUGGACAUGGAUCACAUUUUACACAGACCAGGCUUUUCUCCUGAGUAACUGCAUACAGCAGAUGGUAGCUGAGCACCUGCCAAAGAACUCCAUUGGGAAUAUGGAAAUGCUAACUGAGACGCCAGAAUCCGAAAGUAUGAUAACGCAGAUUACACGGAGACUGCAAUUUCUACAGUUUGAAGGUUCCAGUACUGCCCUGGGCAAGUUUGUAUCGUCCUUCAAAGUGAAGAGAGAGCAAAAUGCUUCAGAGGAUGUUCAAGAUGAGGACUUGUAAAAUGUUCACUUAAUAAAUAGUUGCACUUUGUACCUCUUCAUGUUAUAUUGCAAGCUUGUUGUAGUCCGCUAUUUAAAUGAAACUUGAAGGUUUUAUUUACUGUUUCUAUUGGACUAUUUACUCUCCAGCACUGCAGAGCAGCUUGCAAAAUCCAUGACAAAAGCAUGUUAUGAACUGCCACAAUCUCUGUCUGUAACCAUGUGCUGCAAGUCAAACCUGUGAAUCAGGCUGGUUCUCUUUUGAAAGUUUUGUGCAUUGAUGGUGACAAUGAUAAUUUAGUUACAUAUAUGAACAUAUGAUCACCUAACUGAAUGCAUAAAUUAAGUGGUAAACAGGAAUCCUUUGUGUUUAUAUUAGUUACGAAUGUUGCACUUGAUGUUCAGCAGAAUUUUUUGUCCUGUAUAGGCAACUCUGCAGUAAGCACUGUAUAAAAUCUCAUUUAUAUUUUCUGUUGGAAAUAGUAAUACUAGAAAAUUAAAAUAUGAAUGGUUUGUAUAUACACAUGUGACAUAGAGCUGUUUUAGGUAUACUGAUUUUAUAUAUGAACAGGAGUUGGGGGGGGGGGGUAGUGCAUUGUUUCGUACUUAUGCUGGAUAAGAAAACAGGAAUAGCUUUACCUUACCUAGCCCCUUUCUAAAUUGUUGAGAACAGAGUAGUGAUGUCAAUUGUUUAACUUUCAGAGUUAAGUCCUCACGCUUUGAGAUGCACAUAGGCUAUCAGCCAAAUUGAAUAAUAUAAAAAGAUAAAAUCCACCACAACUAAGAGGCCGUAGUUAACAGCAAACAGAGAUAUUAUGAAAUA